AUGAUUCAGCUUCUACCACCAACCAAUUCGAAAACGGCUCACAACGUUGCCGAAGUGUGCCUUCGGUCGAGAGACACGGACAAUGAGAUGACUGCAAGAGUCAAUGUCACGAUAAGUGUGACACUGAGUCGAGAACUACAGCUGAUUGCUGGUGAAUUCAUGGAGCACCAAGUGCAGUCCGACUCACAUCUAUCCUACCUCUGCCAAUGUGCUGCUUUGAAUCGUGGCGGUCUCACACCGACAACUACCGUGCAUAUCGCCACACAUAGUGUUGUCGACACUCGUGACGGAGCCAAGUAUACAGUGCAAGUUGUCCAUUCGGCAGCUUUGCUACUGUCUAUGAUUUUGGUCUAUGGACGAGAGCAACGACUGCUGGCAAUGGCACACUUGAUUGGAGCUGACUCGUUGCCUAGUAGAGAUCAACUCGACAACAACUUGCAAUUCCUACCGCAUCUGUCCAAUGCCGAUGAACGAGCAUUCGUGAUAGUAAACAAGGAUGGCGACUAUGCCAUCGUUAAGGGCAGAUGGACGGGUUUCUCCAGAAAGCAGCCUGCUUCGAAAGGUCAAAAAGCGAAACCGGGCUCCGCUGGUCGACUUCUCGUUGAUGCCUUCAACCUUCUGAAAAAUACAGUGCAAAAAAUCGAAGUGCCAUCUCCUGAGGGUUCAACGUUAUUCGUGAUUGGUGAUGCACAAGCACGUCUUCCGGGUAAGCGGAUAGAGUGCCGAUCAACGAAUACCGCAGAGCAAAUUGCCUCAGUCUUUUGUGUCUCCACCCUGUUCGUGCUUUGCAAUCCAGACAAGGUACGUCGCUAUUGA